GACAGUUGUGUUACAUUACAAAAGUAACAGCUUGUUUUACGGUUGGCUGACGUUUUUUUGUAGCACUUCUAGAUAUACAAUAAUACAUGUUACUGCUAUUUUUUAUAUCAACCAAAAUAAAAUCGUUGUUAGGUGCUCUUGUAUCAUUGCUGUCAGUUCAACUUUAUUUUUUUUUAUAAAAAAAAACAUGUGGACUUUUUUGGGAAUAGCGAGCUUUACGUAUCUUUACAAAAAAUCGAACACAAUUUUGACUGUGGCGUACAAAGAGGUAAUCAUAGCCUUAACUUUAUUUUUGACAGUCGGGCUGCUGCUCGCACAUAUCAGGUAUUUUGAUGGCGAGAAGCUCAGACUGUCUCGGGCGUGUAAGUCACUUCUGAGCCUUUUGUCUUUUUUACCUGUCGUCAACAACUUCAUUCCUCAAACGUCAACACAGGGAAACAGGGAAGCAGAGAAGAGCAGGAAAAAGAGUUGGAGACAAAGGAAACAAGUACAGACACAGAACUCUGCUACAGAAGGUGCCACAGCCAGUUCUGCCGUUGUGGCCCCGGAGCCAGAUGUGGUCAUAGUUGGGGCUGGAGUCCUGGGCUCAGCAAUGGCCGUUGUUCUGGCCCGGGACGGAAGGAGGGUCACGCUGGUGGAGAGGGACAUGAAGGAGCCGGACAGAAUCGUCGGGGAGCUGCUGCAGCCUGGAGGAUACAAGGCUCUCAAAGAGCUCGGACUGGAAGGUACAGUGGAGGGCCUGGAUGCCCAUCUGGUGAAGGGCUAUGUGAUCCAUGACAUGGAGAACAGAGCGGAGGUGGAGAUCCCCUACCCUCAGGAGGACGGCAGCGUCCAGUGCGGACAGGCUUUCCAUCAUGGUCGAUUCAUCAUGGGCCUGCGACGAGCCGCGCUGGCUGAGCCAAAUAUCACUCUGCUGGAAGGCAGUGUCACCAGUUUGCUGGAGGAGGACGGCUGUGUGACCGGAGUGCAGUACAAGGAUAAAGAGACUGGAGACGUCAGGGAAAUCCACGCGGCCUUGACUGUGGUGGCUGACGGCUGUUUCUCCAAGUUCAGGAAGAGCCUGGUCUCCGGGAAAGCUCGCGUCUCCUCACACUUUGUGGGAUGCCUCAUGAAGAACUGUCCCCAGUUUAAAGCCAAUCAUGCUGAGCUGGUGCUGGCCAACCCAAGCCCGGUGCUCAUUUACCAGAUCUCGUCCUCGCAGACCCGAGUGCUGGUGGACAUCAGAGGAGCGAUGCCGCGUGACCUCUCACAGUACAUGGCUGAGAUCAUCCACCCGCAGCUGCCAGAGCAUUUAAAGGAGCCUUUCAUGGUGGCGCUGCAGAAUGAUCGACUCAGGUCCAUGCCCGCCAGCUUCCUGCCUCCCUCCCCUGUCAACAGGCCAGGUGUGCUCCUCCUGGGCGAUGCCUACAACAUGAGGCAUCCUCUGACGGGAGGAGGGAUGAGCGUCGCCCUCAACGACGUCCGCAUCUGGAGGAGUCUGCUCGGCAACAUCCCGGAUCUGUACGACGACCGGGCCGUGCUGCAGGCAAAGAAAAAAUUCCACUGGGAACGCAAGUCAUCACAUUCUUUUGUGGUGAACGUGUUGGCCCAGGCCCUGUAUGAGCUGUUUGCAGCCACAGACUGUUAUCUACAUGAGCUGAGAAAGGCCUGCUUCCAGUACUUCAAGCUCGGUGGAGAGUGUAUUUCCGGACCUGUUGGGCUCCUCUCAGUGCUGACGCCCAAACCCAUGACGCUGAUCGGACACUUCUUCGCCGUGGCGCUGUACGCUGUCUACUUCAACUUCAAGUCUGAGUCGUGGCUCACCAAACCUCGAGCCUUGUUGAAGAGCGCAGCCAUCCUGUACCGAGCCUGCACCGUCAUGUUUCCACUCAUCUACUCCGAAAUGAAGCAUCUGUUGUACUGAGGCCUCACACGGGCCGAACCGUGGCAGCACGCUUACACACUAAGGCUUAGUUGAGAGCAAAUCCAAACCAGAGCCACUGAUAAAGGAUUUUAAGGACUGAUGAAGAUUUUCAUGUUGGAGAGUUUUUAAAAAAAACACACUUCUAGUACAAAAGUACUAGAACUUUGGUUUGGUCAAAGACGUGUUCAGAGCUGCAGAUAUACUGAACUGUCACAUGUUUCUGACGUGAUGCUCUGCUCAGCAGGUUUUAGUUGAACUUGCAGGAUUAUUAAAUUUGACAAACAGUUGAUCUGCAGACGUUGUCUAGUUCACGGUUCUUGGCGUUUCUUGCGAUGGAGAGAAACAAGGAUGAUAGUUUUCAUGUUUCCCUCCUAAAAAGGUGACACCAGCCUUGGUCUGACCAUGCAGAGGGUUCUAAGGUUUCAAAAAAUUCUCAUUAGUGCCUUGUUUCAGUUUGGACAGACUAUACAUCGAUGCUCGCAUUGCAUUUACUGCACAGUUGCCCUCUGUAGUAGAAGUGCCUACAAAACACUGUACAGUAGUUUAUAGCAUGAAUAGUUUCAAAAAGCAACUUGGCAUCUGGAUUGUUGUUUUGCAAUGAGGUCGGUUCCUGCUGUUGUACUGUGGAGGUUGUUGUGUGGCUGUUUUUAAUUUGGUGAUCAACCUUUGACGGCACAGUGUUUUAAUAGAAGAACGUCCUGAUGUCCUGACAUGACUCAAUGUCUAAACUACUGCCUUCACAAUGAGUUUUAUAUAAAAUAUAUAGCUUCUUUUUGUCGAGCUAAAAAUCUGCAGAACUUUAUUUUUAUAACUUCCAGUAAUAAUUGUCUGCUGCGUUACUGCUGUUUCCCUGUACAUGCUGCCAUAAGAGACAUUUUGUGUCACAUUUUGAUUUGAAACAUGGCGACAGUGCAGUUGAAUGUGACAAAACUCUAAUCUCAGAACCCCAAGAAUAACUCCUGCACCAUUAUUGCUGCUGGAUGUCAGUAAAGAGCUGACACAGCAUGUCGCCUGAGGGGAGUUUGACUGGAGCCUGACAAAGAGGCAGCAACGUUCCAUGACCAGAUGAUGAGACCAGGAAGGUCUCUUCAUGAAUGUUGCUUCAUGAAGUGCUGUUAAAUAAAUUGCAUUGUUUGUU